GCGGGGGCCAUGGGCACGGCGGCGGGCGCGGGCGCCCUGCGGCUGCCCGGGCUGCACGGGUACGCGGUGGAGUUCUCGCCAUACUGCCCGGGGCGCGUGGCCUGCGCCGCCGCGCAGUACUACGGCAUGGCAGGUUGUGGAACCCUGGCAGUACUGGGACAAAAUGAAGCUGGGAUUGUUCUGCUCAGGAGUUUUGACUGGAAUGAUGGCCUGUUUGAUGUGACCUGGAGUGAGAAUAAUGAAAACGUGUUGAUCACUUGUAGUGGAGAUGGAUCUCUGCAAAUCUGGGAUAUGGCUAAAUCCAAAGGUCCACUGCAAGUCUAUAAAGAACACACUCUGGAGGCAUAUAGUGUUGACUGGAGCCAAACUAGAGGAGAGCAGCUAGUGGUGUCUGGUUCAUGGGAUCAAACAGCCAAGCUGUGGGAUCCAGCUGUGGGGAAGUCAUUAUGCACUUUUAAAGGCCAUGAAGGGGUCAUUUACAGCACUAUAUGGUCUCCACACAUCCCAGGUUGUUUUGCAUCUGCCUCAGGUGAUCAGACUUUAAGAAUUUGGGAUGUAAAAACCCCAGGAGUCAAACUUGUGAUACCAGCCCACCAGGCUGAGGUCUUGAGCUGUGACUGGUGCAAAUAUGAUGAGAACUUGCUGGUAACUGGUGCAGUUGACUGUAGCUUGAAAGGCUGGGAUUUGAGGAACAUCCGGCAACCAGUGUUCGUCUUGCUUGGUCAUACCUACGCUAUCAGAAGAGUAAAAUUUUCACCAUUCCACGCAACCAUAUUGGCCUCUUGCUCCUAUGAUUUUACUGUAAGAUUCUGGGACUUUUCCAAGCCUAAUCCUUUGCUGGAAACAGUUGAGCAUCAUACUGAAUUUACAUGUGGUCUUGAUUUAAGUCUUCACAACCGUGGUCAGGUGGUGGACUGUGCUUGGGAUGAACUAGUCAAGAUCUAUACUCCAUCGUGUCUGGCAGUUCCUGUUUAGAAGAGAAGAUGAGCUGAUGCACCAGGAACCUUUCUCUCUUUCCCCAUAACCAGACUUGUGCUAAAGCACAACAGUGUCACUAAUCUCAGUGUCUCUUUAUAAGUAAAACUGCUUGAAUGGAGUGCUGUGUGCUAGAACAUGUGGAGAUUUAAGGGCUUGGUUUACUGUACAGGUGGUAUUUGAACUAGCAAAAUGUUCCACAGCUACUCAGUGGCUUAAGAGUGGCCACCAGCGGUGUCACCAGAGCUGAGUAACCAACACAAGUUUGUGAUCUGUCUGGCUAAUGAUGAGAGCAGAGGCCUGAAUCUUCUUGUUCCUUAUAAAGAUUAAAAUUAACUGGCAGUGUGUUUUGAGAUGUCACUGUAGAAAAGAAAAGAAAGGAAAGGAAAGGAAAGGAAAGGAAAAGCAAAUAAAGGCUUUUUACUGCAAAGUACUGUAAUGUCAACUGAAGUUUGUAUCACCCAGAUGCAUUUAUGUUUUGCUGUGAGUCACUUUGCAUUAUUUUCUUUUGCAAUAUGAUGCAUUUACUCUUGAUCGACAGUAAAUGUCAUAGUUUAUAGCCAGCUGAUUUGUUUGACCUUUUUGAUUGCUGCUUCACAAAGAUGGUAAAGAUUAUUUUCAUAUAUUUUUCCUUUAGAUCUCUUUGAGUAAAACAGUUGAUGAAGUUAUGUAGAAAGAUACUCUGAUAAUAGAGAAAAUGGUUAUGAAAAAAUGAAAUAUAUACAAAACUAAUUGGAUCACAAUUCUCAAGAUUUAGAGAUGGGGCAAUCAUCUCUUCUAUUAGACUUGGCUUCUUUUUUCACUUAAAAAGUUAUUCCAAGAAAUAGAGGAGGAAUGUGGCCAUAUAUCCAGUGUUUCUGGACCUCUGACAGCCUGGCCAAAGUGAGAACUGAUGUCCAGGCCAGCUGACCUAUAUAGAUACAGAUUAAUUGCAGGCAUAGCAGAUCCAGCAUGGCCAAAUUAUUGCAAUCCCUACAAUAUGCACGUUCUAGGUAUGUUGAAUACUUUGCAUUCCCGGUUUGCAGAUCUCUGGUCAGGUUUACAUAGUGUGCUGUUAAUAAAUUCUCUACCCUUCUGGGCUGCAGCACUCAUAGAUCAACCAGUAGCAGGCACUGCCAAAUCUGCUGGAUGCUUUGAAGCAAUGAAGGAAAGAAUUCAGCUGAGCUAAGACCUGCAAGUUGCAAGGAAAGAGUAAUUGUUCUAUCUUGGAGAAAGAGCCACAGAAUUAACAGCUAGCCACAGGGAGACAUGCGUAUAUUGAUGUGGUAUAUAGGGCUGGAUAGGAAGAAACUUUAUUCUAAAACAUGAUAAUUUGUAUCCCAAUUGGAUCUUGUAUUUUUCUUGGUCAAAUGCAAACUGUCCCCAGACUGACAUCUUUUUGAGCUGAAUUAAUAACAAAAAGUAGAUUUUAUCUUUUUUUAUGACAGUAUGCUGUUCCAAAUCCCAAACAUUUACUGCACUUUAAUUCUAUGUGCUGGGGAAUAAUGCAAAAUAAAGCUGUGCUGCAUGCAGCUUUCAGCAGUACCAUGGGCCAUAAAAUCUAAUUUUAGGCAUUAAAAUUGAUUAUUUCAACUUCAAUAGUUCCUCCACUCUUCUGUUUUAUCUCCCUUUUCUGCUUUGAUUACAAGUUGCUUGUCUGAGUGGAACAUUUUGGUGGCAGGUGUGUAUUUUAUAUGCAUGUUUCUGGGGGGACAGAGAGAGUGGGUUAUUCCAGAAUGCUGCCAUAGCCUAUCAGUUGGAAGGGAAAAUUUAGAAAACCUAGCACAGGGGGAAAAAUUAGGAAUUCUGAAUAUGCACGCUCAGCACAUGGACUAAAUCUUUCCUCGACUGCCUUCUCUCUCCUCAUGUCCUGGUUAGCUUCAGUGCUGUGGGCUGGCACAUAAUAGAUAAAAACUGUGGCCUUUAA